CACGCUAUGCUCAACCCACAAAGAGAAGGAAGGCGUAGUGGCAAAGCAAGCAGGGCAAAGCAGGACAGUGGAUUCUGAUGAAAAGAGCUUAGAGGACCAAACACUUUUCUCCUGACCGUGCCGAUACACAACAAGCAGACCUCGGGUUCAAGAUGCACGGGCAGAAGCAGUGGAGCGCGCGAGCCGCCGUCAUGGCCCUGCUGGUGCUUACCGCCAUGGCGGCCGAAGGAGGCAAAUCCGAUAAACAAGCAGGCAAGAAGGAGCGCAAGUCGGACUGCGGCGAGUGGCAGUGGAGCGUCUGCGUGGCUAACGAGGGCGACUGCGGCCUGGGCACCCGGGAGGGGACGCGCACCGGUACCGACUGCAAGCAGACCAUCAAGACACAGCGCUGCAAGAUCCCCUGCAAUUGGAAGAAGAAGUUCGGAGGGGAGUGCAAGUACGACUUCCAGGCGUGGGGGAAGUGCGACCUGAGCACGGGCAAGAAGAACAGGACGGGCGUGCUGAAGAGGGCGCUGAUGGACGCCACCUGCGCCCCCACCGUCACGGCCACCAAGCCCUGCGAGAAAGUUCCCAAGGCCAAGUUGCAAGAUGCCAAGAAGCAGAAGAAAGAAGGCAAGAAGCGAGAGCGCGGCCAAAUGGACUGAUGAAGAUGAGGAAGACGCAGUGGCUGAAGAUGAAGAUGAGGGCGAUGAUGUCGGCGACGUCCUGUAGCGGGAGAACGCCCGUGGAAACAAGACCCGUAGUGUUUAUAAUUAGUGUUAUCUAGAAACAAAGACUAGCAGAAUUUAAUCACCUAAUCAGCACCGAUCCACUGGAAUAUUUUAUCCUUCUUUUUGCUGCUUUUUAUUUGUCGAUACCUCAAUUUACCCGCCCCCCCCCCCAUUUAAUCCUGUUAAUCCUCAUUUGUGUUAACAUCCUUCCCAGCCCAAACCCCGCUUCCUUUGUUUUCCCAGAAUGCAAAAUAAAGGAAUAAAAGAUGA